AUUUUGCAAACGACAAUGGUCAAAUAACGCGAUAACAUGUUCAUGCGCUUUUAAAAAGUGCUGUAUACUCGUAUGGCAAUGGCGUAUUAAUUAACUGCUAAACGUUUGUGCAUGUGGAAAUUUGUGUGCAGCCAGAUUACACUUCCACUCACAGAAAGCGGACCUUGUUGGUAAACUUAACAGUUUUACACUGGUACUACGUAUCGGGAUACUAACUCUGGAUCUGGCUUUACAUGUGAUUGAAUUCAAAUUUAUAUACUUUGUAUAAUCAUUCAUGACGAAAAAACUAACGUCUUCUGGGCUAAAGGCAGCUGCAAACAAAGACCACGCUAAGGUGAUUUCCGCUACCACAUUCCAGGUUUCCAGUGUCGAUUCCCCACAAACUCCCUCAGCGAGAUUUCGCCAUGCGUCGUGCUUCAUUGAACCCUACAUUUUUGUUCACGGUGGACGGUAUGGAUUUAGAGCGUUCCGAGAUUUGUGGCGGCUGAAUCUGUAUAACAACACAUGGGAAAAAGUUGAACCUGACAGCAGUGAAUUUCCCGGACUGCAGGAGGAGCACUUUUUUGUGAAAUACAAAGACGAUGCAUAUUUAAUUGUAAAUGAGAACGGAUAUCAUAAUCUCUGUCAGAUCGAAGUGUGGAUGCUGAACCCAGGCAGUGUCGCAUGGAGAAAAUUGCGCACAGAUAAACACUACGACAUCCCUUUGGCAAGAAGCGGAGCAACGGGAAAUAUUGUGGAUAAAAAGUUAUAUGUAUUUGGCGGAUUUGUAAUUUUACAUCAGCGACCGACUAAUGCACUUCUGGAAUUUGACCUUGACCAGUAUAACUGGAAAACGAUAUGCCCGCAUGAAUACCCAACAUCCACAGCGCCGCCACCACUUUAUUCGCAUUCUUCUGUCAUUUUCGAGAAGGAACUGUAUGUGUUUGGGGGAACAGCAGGUUACCGAACAUACAGCGCGCUAUGGAAAUUCUGUUUGCGUAAUAAAUUUUGGCUGGCUGUGUCGGGAACGAAGGGUCGCUCCCCUUCGGCACGUUAUGGUCAUUCGGCCAUCGAAGUCGGAAAUUCAAUGUGGGUGUAUGGUGGCCAAAAUGAGCACGUCAUCCAUAACGACCUGUGGAGGUAUGACUUUCCAAGUCGAACAUGGACGGAAUUUCAAGUAACAGGUUGCCCACCACUUGCACACCACACCGCUUUGAUAAGCGCGCGGGAAUACACCGAUGAAAGCCGUUCCACGCAUCCAGAUGUCUCCAGUUACCCAAACGUCAGCCCGUUUCGCUACCCGCGUAUUCUGCCAGCUGCCAGUAUCCCAGAUAUUAGACAAUACGCACGAACUAUUUCCCAAGAGCCGUUAAUCAUUAAAAGUAAAAUUAGCGACAAAGCCCGUUAUCAGUAUGACAACGAUGCCAUUGAGUUAACCGAUAUCAAAAUCUUCGAUGACCGCAAUCUUACAGUCAGCACCAUUUCUAAUCGGGCAAAACCGAUCACUGCCGCGAGAAGCACCGUCAGCACACACUCGCUGGCCGAAACGGAGUCGAUAGCGGAUUUUAACGCAACCGAAAACGGGAGCAGCAAUACGAUUUGCAUGUUCCUUAUUGGCGGGAACACGGCAAAUGCUACUGGAUUACCAAAGCCUUUAACCGUUUACACUCUGCGACUUCCUUAUACCUAAAUUGCAGCGAGUCUACGAAAAAUAGAUUAGAUAUUCUAAUUUUGCUCAAAUUUUUAUGAAUUCAUGAGUAUGUAAAAGCGCCGCUUGAUUUUGUACAGUGUCCAAAAAAGCGAUUUAUGGAAUUAUUGAGAUUUAAGAAGAUAAACAUCGGUAAUGCAAUUUAAAGUAGCCAACUUGUUACAGAGCAGAUUAAGCGGUGAAUCUCUGCGAGUCAUAAAUUUCUGAUAGCGAAGCUAAUUAUCUCAAGGAGCAGUAUCUGCUGCAGUUAACCAGUAUGUAUUUUCUUGACCUUUUCCCUAUAAGAAGAAAGCAUUUGAGAACAGUUUCAAGCAUUUAGCUCAUCGGUCCCACCUUGAUGCUAGUU